GGAGGAGGAGGAGAAAGAGGAGGAGGAACCGCGACGACGACUUGCGGAGCGGCGGAGGCAGGAUCCGGCGAUCCACAUCGGGAUGAGAGCGAGACACAGACCCGGGUCGGAUGAGUCAGCGAGCGGACCUUUCCCCUUCUUUUUUUUAAACAACUACACUAAAAUCUGAAUGAACCCGGACGGAGUCAACGAGACAGAAACGAUCCAAUAUUUUUUUUAUUUUUGAUAAUUUUGUCGUCAGAUUCCGCUUCCCUUUAUAUUCCGCCCUCCUCUGGUCCGCGGCUGCCAUCGUCUAGUUUUGAUUUUCAUUUCCACCGAGAGAGGUGGGWAAAAAGAGGGGCUCGGAGAGGCUUCGGAAGAACUGGACUCUUGACAUUCUCCUUUAAAAAGAAAACCCCGGUAAAAACUCCUGGUAUCGGCUCGUAGCCUCGCAUUUCUACGCCUUUUGUUGCGGUGAGUGAAGCGAAGAUGUCUGGACAGAGCAUUACGGACAGGAUAACUGCAGCCCAGCACAGUGUAACGGGAUCCGCCGUGUCGAAAACAGUAUGCAAGGCCACCACGCACGAAAUAAUGGGCCCGAAGAAGAAACACUUGGAUUAUUUGAUCCACUGCACCAAUGAGAUGAACGUGAACAUUCCCCAACUGGCUGACUCUCUGUUUGAGAGGACCACCAACACCAGCUGGGUGGUCGUGUUCAAGUCCCUCAUCACCACACACCACCUCAUGGUCUACGGCAAUGAGCGUUUUAUCCAGUACUUGGCCUCCAGGAAUACACUUUUCAACCUCAGUAAUUUUUUGGACAAAAGUGGGCUACAAGGCUACGACAUGUCAACGUUUAUCAGGCGGUAUAGUCGUUACCUGAAUGAGAAAGCUGUGUCGUACAGACAGGUUGCCUUUGACUUCACAAAAGUUAAACGCGGUGUUGAUGGUGUAAUGAGGACCAUGAAUACAGAGAAACUGCUCAAGACCAUCCCCAUCAUUCAGAACCAGAUGGACGCCCUUCUUGAUUUCAAUGUCAAUGCCAACGAGCUGACUAAUGGAGUCAUCAAUGCAGCCUUCAUGCUCCUCUUCAAAGACUCAAUCAGGCUCUUUGCUGCUUACAACGAAGGCAUCAUCAACCUGCUCGAGAAAUACUUUGACAUGAAGAAGACCCAGUGUAAAGAAGGUUUGGACAUUUACAAAAAGUUUCUCACACGAAUGACUCGGAUAUCAGAAUUCCUUAAAGUAGCRGAGCAAGUGGGAAUCGAUCGAGGUGACAUCCCAGAUCUCUCACAGUUCACAGUUUGUGCUCCCAGUAGCCUCCUGGAAGCUCUGGAGCAACAUCUGGCCUCUUUAGAGGGCAAGAAAGUCAAAGACUCCACUGCAGCUAGCAGGGCCAGCACUCUGUCGAACGCAGUGUCGUCACUGGCCAGCACCGGGAUGUCUUUCACUAAAGUGGAUGAGCGAGAGAAGCAGGCGGCUCUGGAGGAGGAGCAGGCCCGACUCAAAGCUCUGAAGGAACAGAGACUUAAGGAGCUCUCCAAGAGGCCGUCCUUUGCCACAACAGAUACAUCGCCAGUUUCCACCACCGGGGGCACCAUCAGCACUGCACCGACCAUCGACCUCUUCUCCACACCCAGCUGCUCAAACGGUGCAGUGAAGAUGGAGGGCGACCUUUUUGACCUGCAGUCAACUUUCCAGCCUCCCCUGCAGUCCGGCUCCACAGGGCUUCCAGCAGCAACGGCGUGGGCAGAUCCUUUCACCUCUGCCGAAGCGGGAGAUGAUUCCAUGCCAAACYUUAACCCUUUCCUCUCAAAACUCGUUGUCGAAGCCACUCACUUACCUGUCGUGUCUUCAGAUGGUGUUAGCUUUUCCUCUAGGACAUCCGGUCAUGAAGUGUUUGGUGAUCUUUACAAUCCCUUUACUGACACAAACUCAUCCGUUUCAACCAAUUACAAACGCACAGUGCGGAUAGAGCCGUCCGUCUCAGACUCCUUCUGUGGCCCGGUGUCCGUCGCUCAGCACCUCCCUCACCAGGCUCCCUUCCCCGCCGAGCCCUCUGCCGUAGCAGGUCUAUUCAGAGGAUACUCAGCACCACAGGGCCCACCGCAGCAUCCAGCAGGGGGACUCCAGGUGGACUUUGAGUCUGUUUUUGGAAACAAAGCCAGCGGCGGCACCAGCCUCAACUCUGACGAUCUGACGGGAGGCAUCCUGAAGCCGACUCUAGCUGGGUCCAACCAGUCGUCCAAUCAGCAGCCUGAAAAGUUGGUGUCGGACGACCUCGACUCCUCUCUGGCCAACCUCGUCGGCAACCUCGGCAUCGGAAACGGCACCAUGAAGAAUGACAUCCACUGGAGCCAGCCGGGGGAGAAGAGGAUGACCGGCGGCACCAACUGGCAGCCCAAGGCGGCGCCCACCACGACCUGGAACCCUGUCUCUAUGCCGCCGUCAAUCAUGGCCUUCCCUGCCACCACGCCCACAGGCAUGAUGGGAUAUCCCGUGCCUCCACAGAUGGGCUCCAUGGGGAUGAUGAACCCACCCACCAUGAUGUACUCCCAGCCUGUCAUGAGGCCUCCCAACCCCUUCGGCUCCGUGUCCAGUGCUCAGCCCUCUGCAGCCUCUAGUCCUUCCAGCCAGAGUCCUCUCCGAGCCCCUGGACAGGACCCGUUUGCACACCUCUCUCUCAAGGAUUUCUUGUAGAGCAUCUCUUUAGAUGCAGUUCAUGUAAUUUGAAGGAAGUGUCUCUCAGAAGAUGAAGCACUUAGCAGCAAAACUUUGUCCUCGUUGCAGUUUAUAACUCUUCAGAGAAGCAUCCAUCCCCCCCACCUCGAAUACAGACACGUCAACACAGCGGAGCACCGACUGUCAGAAAUCAUGAUAACCAUGUUCCAAAUGAYGUUUGGCCGAUCGCUCGCACCCAUUUUCCUUCUGUAAUAACUUGUCCAAAACGUCGAGUGAUGCUGCUUUCUAACUUCCUCCCCAUAAAAAGGACUUCUUCUCCAUUUUACAGUGUACUCUGUAAAGAURGUUCGGGUGCUGAGAAAUUAAAAAUGUUAUGUAUUUGGAGAUGUUGUUGUGAUCGGACGGGGGGGGAAAGGAAAAAAAAAGGCCUUUGAUUUUCAAUGGGGAAAAAGGGGUGAUGGAAGUAAACGGGGAGCGUCUCUUCCYUUCCUCGAUCCGAUCAUCAGUCAACCGAAACCCUCGCAGUUAAUUAAACUCUGUCACCAAGUAGUGAUGCUAAUGACGUUUACACCUGUUUUAGUUUUCGUCUUUUUUACCGUGUUUACAGUAGACAUUCCUUGUGUGUUGUUUGUAUUUAUUUAUGAUCAUCGGUUUAAGAUUUUUUUGCGGGGCUGAAAUUAAAAAGAAAAAUAUUAAUGUAAAAUCUACAGUUGGUUGAACACACGUGGGAGUGCUUCAGCAUUAAAACAAGGAUCUCAGACUAUCAUUAAGAGGUAGAGUUGAAAAUAGAUAUAUAAAUUACACCUUAAUAAAUGGAAUGAUAGAGCACUAAAUAUUAAAGUUUUGUGUUAAGGAUUUUUUUUUCUUAUUUUUCUCUUUUUAUAGAUGAAAGAAUCUCCAUUGUACUUACAGUGCCRGGGUUAGUCAGUUACCAGUAUAUAGCGUGCCUGUAGGGUUUUACUUGGAUCGGACUCCUGAUUAAAAAAUAAUAAUAAUAAUUAAUUAAAAUAAAAUCACUUCAUCCACGAAUCGGAAGCGUCUCACUGGGUGGUGGGCUCCAUUUGCUUUAAGCUUGGCAUGCCGUUGACUCACUGACUGUAAUCAAGGCUGCCUUUUUACUCUGAAUGUGAAAGAGUUGUCUUCAUGUUGCACACAUCUUUCCGGUUCCUCAGCAAGGUGAUGAGGAGGUUGGUUGACAAAAUGCGAGUUGGGAUGAAGGUUUUUAAAAAGGAAAAAUAUGGGGUUGGUGUAAAAUAAUUGUACAAAAACAAAGAAAAAAAAGAUGCAGAGUAGUGGGGUAGAGCGGAGCAGCACUGUUGAUCGGUGCCCUGUGUAUAUAAACACUGACUGUUCUUUGAGCGCAUAAACGGUGAAAGAUGUAUGAAAUAUGAAAGCAAUUCAAUCAAAUUUGACUCUACCUAAGUUUGAUUCAGGAUCUUCUCUGCGUUUGUCUUCGCAGAUUUUUUUCUUUAUUGUAAUUAGAUCGUGUAGCAGACAAUGACUGAAGUUUUUUUUCUUUUUUCAAAUAAAGAGCAGCUUCCACAAAGAA